AUGAAAUAUAUUUAUAAAAUGGAAUCAGUGCUAAUAAGUAUAGUCAUCGUUUUUUGUACUGUGCUACUAGUAAAACUACUUUAUAAAUUACGAUCAGCUUUACCUUGGCGCGUGAACUGUUGGUUCUGUAAUAAUGAUUUUUGGGUAAAAUAUCCAGUGCGAAACAGCUGGACUUGCCAAAAAUGUGAUCAGUACAAUGGAUUUACCAAGGAUGGAGACUACAAUAAGCCGAUCACGGCGUGCAGUGACCAGGGUAUCCAAACACCUAAAGUCUUCAAGAGAAGUCCACCUAAGAAUGGCCUCUGCAAAAUGUGUAAUAUAAAUCAACAGUUGAAAGUGACCCAGCUAGCUAAUUUUGUUCCUAUGAAUGAUAAGAAGUUUGAUGAUGAAAUAGAAUCAUACAGGUUGCAGUUAGAGAAGGCUUACAAGCUAUGCAGUCCAUGCCGGAAAGUUGUCCAAAUGAAAUUGCACAAAGAGAAAGAAACCCUUCUGGGGUCCAAACUAUUAGAAACAAGAACUUCAGACAAUAAGUCUGAGAAAGAAAAGCAAUAUAAACAAACCAAACUGUUGAGAAAACUUAUAAACAAUACCUCUAUGCUUAUAGCAGUUAUACUUUUUAUACUGGUUUCUUUUGAACUUUACACAAACUUAACAUUAAGACACAAGAAUUUACUUAGUACAAUAACUAAUAUAAAAGUAAUAGUACUAGGUCUUCUAGAAAGAAUAUACUCUAUAAUUGAAAUGAAGACAACUCUGACAUUCCCUGCUUUAGAAAAUUAUUUCUAUGACAUAAACAUUGUGAACAUGAUGCCAAAAAGUUUUAAUUUUAGACACAUAAAUGUAGACCAAUUAAAUAUAUCUACUCAAGAAACUUUAGGAAGUUUUGUAUGCUUUUUACAAAUAAUUGGACUCAUCUGGAAUGUAAACAGCUUGAAGAAUACUAUUCUUAUUGACAUGCAAUGGCUGGUGUAUGUCAUUGCAACAUUAGGACAUCGCUAUGUGGCUGUGGAACCUAUCUAUUUGAGCUUAAUUAAGAUAAUGUGUUUGUUCAUUGUAAUAUUGGCAUAUAAAUCAACUAAGACAGAAGCCAAGAAAAUAGAAAUGAAGAGCCCAACUUCACCGAAACGAAUGAAAAACCUUGUAAAUUCAUCAGCAAGUUCACUAAUUGAUGAUGACGAUGACACUAUGCAUUUAGACAGUGAUGAUGAUGUCUCAUUGAGCAAAUUCGGCUUACACAAUUUUUCCGAGUCUUCUAAUGAGAAUUUAGGUUUAAAUGCAAGUAUGAUGAAUGGUAGAACUUUUACACCAAGAACUGACAGUAUAUGGACAAAGCCAAAACUAAAUUCCACAUUCUGUGUCAAUUCAGUGAUUAGCAACAGUCCUAGUUCUGUAUCUGAUACAAUAUUUGUGAAACCUUCAUUCAAUAAAUAUCAGAAACUCAUAAAAGACGAUUCAGACUCAGAAUUAGAUGAAAGCAUAAGUUCCUUGUGUAUUAGUAGUCCUAAAAAAUCAAAAAAGACUACAAACUCAGUAUUUUCCUUAAGAAAAUUUACUGCUACUCCCAGUUUCAUUGCUCCGACGCCUAUGGCUCGAACUAGGCCUCUUAUAUCGCCGAGCAAACUAGGUCAUAGUACUUCUUGGGUGGCUGGUGGCUACUGGGGCUCCGAAGGUGAGCGUCAGAUAUUUAGUGUAGAUGGGAGCCGUUCCUCGAGUCAAAGUUCGGGAUUCGAAUCUCAGACUUCUAGCGUAAACCAACGCAACAUGUUCUCGCAGCCUCCUUCGCGAGAAGAGUCCAUCUGCGGGGAACCAAUGGUGUUAGAUCGUUUUCCAACCAUGAGCAGUUUAAAUGGUUUCCAGUCACCACAGCACUUUAACCGCAUAAGUUCUCCAGUAUUUCCCCAAAUGCAGUAUAAUAGUCAUGUCCAUAUACCGCAAGCUCAAUUUGCUCAACAAAAUUCAAUGUCAGGGAACAUGUUUGUGCAUCACCAGCAACAUACACAGAGCAGUUUAUUCAAGACACCUGGUGGGUCUGGCCUUAUAAAACUGCCACAAGUCAAUUCCUUUUCGACUCGCUAG